GUUUACAUUGCGCUUGCCAUGAACGACCCAAACAAAGCCAUCAGCGUGAAUUUAUCCUCGCUGCUCAGCCUGAAGGCGGAACUCCUAAGGAAACAGCAUGAGGUCAGGGUGGCCAAGGCGACGCAGUCAUCCGCCACCGACUUCCGGCCCACCAAGAGCAGCGGCGACAAGGAGGAGUCCAAGGAUCGGGGCUACAAGAAGGUGAGCGGGAGCAGCAGCGAUGGCGUCAAGGUGUACGAGGCGGAGGACCAGGCGCAGCUUGACAAGUCACGACGCGUCCUGGAGGCCAAGAGCAAGUUCUACGACCGGAUGACUCGCAAUGGCGGCGCCCUGAACUCCGACGACAACUGCCUCGUGAUGUUCAACCGCAAGAAGCAGGAGAAGGCGGACGAGGAGCAACCGCAGUCGAAGUACGAAUCCCGCCAGAGGCUGAGCAGCAGCAGCAGUAGCAGCAGCGGCGGGGAUUCCAGCGAUGACGAACAUCAUCAGGACGAUGACGAGGUGGAGUACAUUGAUUGCCUGGGUCGCACCAGAAAGUGCCUGAGGAAGGAGCUAAAGGAGGCCCAGCGACGCGACCGCCAAUUGGCUGAGAGCAUGCCGGAGCGCAUAGAUCAGACCAAGGCCAACUGGAUGAUAGACACCAAAGGCAGUCGCGAUCAGGAGAAUAGCCACCAUACCGACAACGAAGACGAUGGUGACUCCUACAUUGGACCACGGCCCUCGGAGAGCGUCUUCAGCGAGGCCCUGUCCACAAUGACCAAGCACGACGAGCAGCGCUUGAACUGGGAGCGCAAGGAGGUGGAGAAUGUGGAAAAGACCGAUGUCCAUUACCAGGACGUCUUCUUCGACGAGGCGCGCACCCACGGCGCCGGUUACUAUGCCUUCUCCACGGACGAGGAGGAGCGCAGGAAGCAGCAGGCGGAACUGGAGCAGGCCCGCAAGGCCACGACAGCGGAGCAAACGCGGCGGAAUGAGAUGCGCGCCAAGCGAGACAGACUCGUAGCCGAUCGCGUGCUGGCCGCCAAGAACAGGAUUCGAGCACGCAACGGCCUGCCACCGAUCAGCAAGGAGGAGUACGAGCAGGAAGAGCAGCGCAAGAAGGACGAAUCAGCGGCAGAAACCGCAGAACGAGAGCGCGAGGAGCAGGAAAGGAAGGAAGCCAUAGAAAAAAAGAAAGCCAAGGAGGAGGCCGAACUGGAGGAACUGCGAAAGGAGCAUGUACGUGAUUGGGAUAAAGACAAGCCCGGUGUGUCCAAGCGAAGGGACUCAGAUGACGACGAAACACCUGAGGAGUGGAGGUACAAAAGCGAACGGCAGCCCAUGUCCCAGGAGGAGUGGAACGAGAAGCAGCGGGCAAAGCGGCACACGGAGUUUGCUCCCAUGCCAGAGGCGGUUCCCCUCAAGCGCAGCAACUUCAGCAGCAUGCCACCGCCGCCGUCUUCCGAGUGGCAUAACAACCAGGAGCCGGAGUUCCACAACUUCCAUAGCACCAGGCAGGAGAAGAAGUUCCAGCGGCGCAACUAUAGCAGUUACAAUAAUGACACUAACGUUGGAGAACCCAGCACAUCCACUCGUGGUGCUGCUAUUCCCCCGCCUCCUGGUUUAAAUGACUCCGCUCCACCACCACCAGCGAAACGUCCCAAGUCGCAGGCCGAACUCGAGCGUUCCAUCGAAGCUGGCCUGAGAUUCCUGCGCGACAACUGCGACAAGGGCGUCAUGGGCAACAAGGCCACGUGGACGGCCAAGGCGGACUAUUAACUAUUAAGGCAAGGCAAUACCCUUCAUUUAUAGUUUAUUACUUUGUGUAAAGAAUACUUUAGAAAAACACAAUACGCCUAGACAAGCUUUUUUCCUAUUGUCUGGGUUCUUUGAGCUAAGUUCAACAAAUAUAUUGUUCAUUUUAGCUACGG